AAGAAUUGUUGAACACAUCUAUGAUUUCAUUCACUUUUUGUUUACAAACAAGAGUGCCCCAUUUGCCUGCAAAAGGGCAAAAAAUAAAAAAAAAAUCAAUGGCUGCCAAGAUCAAAUUUGUCAUUAAAUGAUUUGAGAGCAAUUAAAACAAAAAAAUUUAAGACAAAACCAGGGAAUAUGAUUCCUGCUUUAACUGGCAUUCACUAUGGUCUAAGAGACUUAAGGCUUUCCUCUCUUUCUUUUGCCUUUACUUCCUUUUCUUGAACAGAGCUCCCCUACACAGUGGUAUUUAAACCCUUCAUAGUAUCUACCCUCUCUUUUUCUCUUUCAAAAAGGCUUCUACUGAUUAAAAUGUAAAAGCAAAAAAAGUUGGCAAAGCCAAACAAUAUUUUUGUGGGGUCUUCUUCUUAAGGAACUAUAUAUAUGCAAAGCAACAAUAUUUUUUUAACAGAGCUCUAAUCUUUCAUGCUUGAACUGUUUUUCAUCUUCUAUGUUUUCCAUGUUAGAGUAAGAAACUUAAGCAAUGGUGAGGAAAUGGGUAGUUAUUACUCUCAUUUUUUUGGUUCUCUUUAAUGGGUUUUCUUCAGUUUCUGCCACCCCACCUGCAAAAAUUGUAACUUCAGUUGUCUCAAAUGUGGUGUCUGCUCUUGUUAAAUGGCUAUGGUCACUAAAAUCAGCACCCAAAACUGCUAUUUCUAGCCGUUCCAUGAUGAAAUUUGAAGGUGGAUACACUGUGGAAACAGUUUUUGAUGGAAGCAAGCUUGGGAUUGAGCCAUUUGCUGUUGAAGUUUCCCCAAGUGGAGCUAUCUUGGUGUUGGAUUCUGAAAAUAGUAACAUUUACAAGAUCUCAAUGCCAUUGUCUAGAUAUAGCAGACCUAAGUUGGUUGCUGGAUCAUCUGAAGGGUACUCUGGGCAUGUAGAUGGGAAACCAAGAGAAGCUAGAAUGAAUCAUCCAAAAGGUCUUACAGUGGAUGACAGCGGAAAUGUAUACAUUGCAGACACAAUGAAUAUGGCCAUAAGGAAGAUCAGUGAAUCAGGGGUUACAACUAUUGCUGGUGGAGGAAAAUGGAGCCGAGGAGGAGGUCAUGUCGAUGGUCCAAGUGAAGAUGCAAAAUUUUCAAAUGAUUUUGAUGUGGUUUAUGUAGGAAGUAGCUGCUCUCUUUUGGUUAUAGAUAGAGGAAACCAGGCAAUUCGUGAGAUUCAACUCAAUGAUGAUGAUUGUUCCCAUCAAUAUGAUGGCAGUUUUCAUUUAGGUAUAGCAGUGCUUGCUGCAGCUGGCUUCUUUGGUUACAUGCUGGCCUUGCUGCAGCGUAGAGUACAAGCAAUGUUCUCUUCCCGUGACGUAAGUGACAUAAUGUUCUAUGUUUUUCUUCUGUUUCUAGUCAUUAAUUUAUUGCUUAUAUUAUCAGAGAGUUUCCCAUCCAUUAAUCUUCAAAAUAUUUUAGAUAAUACCUUAUGUAAUGCUUUCAAGUUUGCUAAUUGCAAAGCAAAUGGAUGGAAGGACUCAAGAACUCCAAUAAAGAGUGGAGCAACUAUGGCACCAUAUCAGAGGCCUCCUAAAUCAGUCAGGCCUCCCUUAAUUCCACCCGACGAUGAACCUGAAAAAGCAGAAGGCUUCUUUGGUUCAAUUGGUAGGCUCGUCCUCAAUACUGGCUCAUCUGUGGCUGAAAUCUUUGGGGGCUUAUUUUCGGGCUUUAGAAGGAAGCCUCGCCACUAUCAGUAUCAACAUCAGUACCAGCAAUCAACCAUACAAUCCAGAGGAUGGCCUAUGCAAGAGAGCUUUGUGAUUCCUGAUGAAGAUGAGCCACCUUCCUUAGAUACUAGGACUCCAACGCCCAAGAGAAGUUACCCAUUUAUGACCAAGGACCUUGAGAGAAAACACCAUAUCAAGCAAAGCCGGCCUCACUAUAAUGGGUGGGAUGCUAACUAUCAGCAACAGCAGCAAAUGCAGAUGCAGCACCAUCAACAGCAGCAGCAGCACCCACAUAAGCAUUAUUCAUCCAACCCACAAACUUAUUAUGAGAAGAGCUGUGAGACAAAUGAGAUCGUUUUUGGGGCAGUUCAAGAACAGGGUGGAAGGCGUGAAGCUGUGGUGAUAAAGGAUCACUAUUCACUGGCUGCACAAUCUCCUAGAGAAGCACUCAUCCGCCUGGAUUAACCUUUCUAUGGGCCGCCGGGUUUCACAAUGCCGCCAUGGAGAUGUUCUGGUGAAAGCCUACGGGCUUCUGGAGUUGAAACCAGUAACAUGAAGCUCAAGAAAGCAAUGAGGAGAAUGAAAGGGAGGGAUAAUUUGAGUUUCAUGGCCAUGAAUGGAGGAGACGAUGGUGAGCUUUGUUCGACAAGCAAUAGUGGGAAAAUGUUGGUAAGUUCAAAGACGUAUGAGAAAUGUGCUCAUGUUAAGGAAGCAGGAAGGGAAAUUCAUUCGAGGAAGUUGUUCAUGUUUUCCGAGCUGGAAUUUUUGGAGGGAAUGUCGCAACUGCCUACGAUGGAGGAGGAGACGGUCGUCGUCGAAGACGACGUCCAUGACCUCAAGUUCUCCAAUGGAGGCUGCUGUUUUUGGAUGCCUUGUCGCUCUGCUGUUAGAUCAAUCUGGUGGGAGCGAAUUUCGACCGACGAUACCAACUCCGCCGCCUCCGCGAAUACAAGUCACUACGUGCCGUGGUGGACCCGAGGGUGGAAGAAGGUUCGAGAAUGGUCGGAGCUGGUAGCUGGACCGAAAUGGAAGACGUUUAUACGACGGUUCAACAAGAACAAAACCGGUAACGGAGGAACGAAAUUCCAUUACGAUCCCAUGAGUUACUCCCUCAAUUUCGACGAAGGACCGGGGCAAAACGGUCAUUUCGAUGAGGAUUUUAUGAACAGAAACUUCUCUUCCAGGUACGCCUCGUUGCCUGUCUCCACGAAAUCCUCCAUGGAUUUAGGCAAAGACGGGCCCUUUCUCAUCUGACUGUACACGUCAUUCGCUUGAGCUACGGUUUUUCAGUUCACGUGACAGUCACUCGCACCAGAAAGUUGGCGGCGUGGUCGAGGCUUACGUUAAGGUUAAUCUUUUUUUUGUAAAGCAAAAUAUUAAUUGUUUUUUUUGUUGAGGAUAAUAAGAGAAUAAUAUUUUCCCUGAUAUUGCUAGAUGAGUGAAGGACGAAGAGAACUUGUAAAUGUCAAAAAAGGGUUCUUUUUGUACUGGGAAAUGUAAAAUAAUCAAAGAAUUAAUACAAAUGUUCAUGUCCCAUUUUUACCUAAGAGUAUCAAAGAGUUGAAAGACUGCCAAGGUGAGAAAGUAGCAAUUCAUUUUGCUUUAGAUAUAAUUUAGGAGUUUGGGAGAAAUUAAGUCAGCAAUGUUUGAUAUAGUGGCAUCUACGUACCACAUCUAUGGAAAACCUUGAUUUUUGU